UCCGUUGUUGUCAACUUUAUGAAUUAAGUUUAGCAAGCACGCUAACAACAGUGCUGUUUACUGUUGGCUAGGCUAGCAAUCUAGAUAUCAUUUGUCAGUGUACUUUUUAUUAUUGCAGUAAGAAGCAAAGGACCAUGCACAAGCGAGUCAAGUCCGCUGGCCCCCCGCUUCCUCUGCCCUCCUUACGGCUUUGGGUCUCUCCUUUACGACUGAUGUAUUCGUUUGUAUGGCAAGUGGUGCUUCAGCGAAAUGUAGCACACUAUGGGAAAGUUGAGGAGUUCGUGAUUUUGGUGACGAAGACAGUUCCAGACCUGCUUAGUUUCAAACAGAGUGCCCAACUUAUUCUUGGCCUGAGAGCAAGGAUGAUUUUGGAAAUGUUUCGUAUGGAUCAGCCACUGAACACUCAGACCAUUGAGAAUCUCCUGGACAAGAUGAACAUAUGUGCAGCAAUGGAUAAGACAGAUGCACAGGUGGAGGAGUCACAGGCCAACUUUGUAGUGCUAGUCCAAACUCUGCUGACAAAACAGAGUGAGAGGCAGCACUUUUUUCAGGAGGUGUUCCCCAAUCAGUAUGGCUCCAAGUAUGACACAGCACUUCAGGCACUCAUUGGAGGGUUGGUCUAUAGACUGGAACAGCUGCUACCAAUGCCUGAUCUCUCACAAAUUGGUUCUAUGAUCACAAGAAGCCCCUUUAUUCUUGAGGAAUGCGGACUGUCUGUUUCUGACCUUAACCCACUGAAAAUCCUACUUGAGCGCCAAAACCGUCAGUUUAAGGGAUCCCUGACUACUGCUAUCUCAUCCACUGUGGGUGACUGCAUCCUGGCCUCACUCUCAUUCCGUUCCACUUCUGUAAACCUGCCAAAACAAGAUCUUAAAAGUCCAUUGGAAUUGCCCAGGCUAACAGAAUCAAAAAAGCCAUAUGAAGCCAGCGAGAAUGCCAAAAGCCCUGCCACUUCCAAUGCCUUUAAGCAUAUGGUGAUGACAGAUGACUCAGAUUACACUGAAGUACACUUGCAAGAGAAUGAUGGUGAUGAAGAAGGAGAAAUUGGCAAUCAAUCUGUGAUGAACAGUGGUGUGUGUGACAGUGAGGAAAUCAUAUUGCAGGAUAGGAGGCUUGAUAAUGGGGUAGCACCAGCGAAGAGGAGUGUGUCAAUCACUGGAGAACUCAAACAACCUUUGAAGCUAGUGCCUCAGACCACCACCACUGAGACUACCUCUCAACCUGACCUUAGUGUUUAUGCUGCUAAAAGUCACCUACAGGUCAGUCCAAAGGUCAAGUUGGUGAGUCUGCAACAAUGGGUGUCCCAAAUUGCUAGCAAUACAAUCUCUCUCCCAGCCCUGCCCCCCCCGCGGCAAGACCAUGCUACAGAUGAACAGACAGGAGACUUAUACCUUGGAAGCAAUGUGAAGUCAGGAAGACCUGAAAGUAAUGUAUUGAUAGAAAGGGCCAUUAUACGAAUGAGGCACCCUAAGCUUCUUGGGAAAACUUUGAAAAGGAAAACUCCAAAGGCCACCUAUACAUGCUCGGAUUGUGAGAAAGGCUUUCCAUAUCAGUCUAUGCUAGCAGAUCACCAGCGCAUUCAUACAGGAGAGAAACCUUUCAAAUGUUCAGAGUGUGGGAGGACCUUUAGGACGUUGGGAUUCUUGACGAAUCACCAGAAGAUCCACACUUCCAUCCGCCCCUUUAAAUGCGAAGAAUGCAGCAAGUGUUUCCUGAAAAAAGCUGACCUGCAGAAGCAUCUUAGAGUCCACAGGGGAGAAAAACCUUUUAAAUGUUCCAUCUGUGAAAAGGGUUUCACACAAGCAUCCUACUUCAAAAUUCACAUGGACUGUCACACAAGUGACAAGAGCUUUCCCUGCACUCAUUGUGAUAAAAACUUCCCCACUGCAUACAAACUAUCCAACCACUUGCGCUGGCACACUGAUGAGCGCCCUUAUAUCUGUGAGCAGUGCGGGAGACGUUUUCACAACCCCAGCCUUUUGAAAAGACAUAUGGGCUAUCACACUGGGGACCGUCAGUACUUGUGUGCCCAGUGUGGACGGACCUUUGUGUACAUGUUUGAUUUGAAAAAACAUCAGCGUGACCAUGGGCCCAAGCCCCAGCUCCCCUGCCCAGUUUGUCAGAAGGUGUUUACCAGUAACGGCUCUCUGAAAGUACAUCAGCGCAUACACACCACUGACAAACCCUAUAGGUGCUCAAUUUGCGACAAAGGAUUCAACCAGAUCGGUAAUCUGUCCGUGCAUAAGAAGUUGCACUCAAACGAGCGCCCCUAUCAUUGCGAUGAGUGUGGGAAGACAUACAAGUUAUCCACUCAUUUAAGAGAGCAUAAGUACAUCCACAUGGGGAAGAAGCCUUGCCAGUGUGCUACAUGUGGUAAAGGGUUCCGCUACCCUGGCAUCCUGAAAAAACAUGAGCAGCUGCACUUGAGAGAGCAAGCAAAGAGCCCCAAGAGAUAUAGUCAUACUUGCAGACGCAGUAGACACUCCUCCAAAAGGAUGUUGGAUGACUAUUGAUGUUGCAUGUACCAUCCAAUAACAAGCCUGAAGGCCCACUUCCCUGAAUACUGCAGAAUUAGAUUUAAUUAAGUAAAUAGUUAUAGGGAGUAUUUAUAAGUGGUUUAAAUCUGUUUUCAUGUGCAUUUUUAAUCAUGUAUUAGUUAUAACUGUUAGACAGCUUUUGGAACUUAUAGAAAGACUGCAAAUUUUAAGUGUGAGUGAUCUCAGUAGUUUUGAAUGUUCGUUCUUUGGUAUUUCACGGAUUGACUCAUUAAACGUACAUAUCUUUGCUGCUGUCACAAAUAUUUGCAACAAAAUGUAAUGUUAGUGUUUCAAAUGUGCUGUUUUCUUUUUAGCUUAGAAAAUACUUUGUUUUUACCUGGAAGUCAAGAAUUGUUAUCCUACCCUUUUCUCAUUUGGUUCAGCAGAUAGUGUAUAAACCCAGCAUAAGAUUCACAGAGAUUCACGUUAGUUAGGACCAUACAGUUUCAGGCGCUAAUUAUAGCCCUUUUUUUUUUUUUACUAUUUUGUGUGAUUUACUGUUUUGGUGUGUUUGGGGGACUGAAGAUGGAAAGUCACCAAAAUGAUGAGGUUUUUAAUAUAUCUUGUGGAAAGAGAACGGCUGUAACUGUGUAUUGAGGUAAAAUUACAUAAGUGCUUCCGAAUUAAUACUUGUAGAAAGUCUCCCCAUGUGUCAUUAUUUGUGAGUCUUAAUU